AUGUCAACAAAAAAAUCAAACACUUUCUGCAUCUACCAUUCUCGUAUUGCAACAUUGAUUUCUCCAAACUCAGGGAAACUAGUUACCACACACUUCCUCAAACCAUGUUCCAAAAACAGUACUCCAACAUUGAUUUCUCCUCAAACACUGUUUCAAAUCAACCAAUAUCCUCAUCCUAAAAUUCACUUCAAAGGGUGGAAUAAUCCACAAACAAAAUGGGGUGAUUGGGUUGAAAAAUUAACAGCAGAACAAGCUUACACAUGGAACAAAACAGGUAUUUGUGAUGCCCUUUUGUCUUCUCUUCACCAUUUUCCUGUUCCUCGCAACCCAUCUUUGAUUCUUGCUUUAGUUCAACAUUGGUCUCCAAAAACCAAUACUUUUGUUUUUCCUUGGGGUGAAGCAACUAUUACACUUGAAGAUGUGAUGAUUCUUGGUGGAUUUUCAGUUCUUGGAGAAUCGGUGAAACUUCCUCUUUCUUCUGAUUUGCUUUCAAUAGAAGCUAAAUUGAUCGAAAUUCGAAGGAGAAUGUUGAAAAGUAAGUCCAAAAAAGUAAGUCAUAAUGCUUGGUUAAAGUUCUUUAAAGAGGGUUUAGAAGAAGAAAACUGUGAUCUUUUUAAUCUUGAGCAUGUGGGUUUUCUUUGUUUAUGGUUAUCGAGAUUUGUUUUUCCUUCAUGUUCUGAUUCUGUUAUCGAUCCACGUGUUUUUUCGAUUGCUAUUCAUUUGUCUCAAGGUAAAAGAAUGGCUCUUGCAUCUUCUGUUCUUGCUAGCAUUUAUCAUAAUUUGAGUUUGCUUAAAGAAAAAUUAGUGUCUUCUUCUUCUUCUGUGAAAGAUUUUGAUGUGAAAGUUAAUGGUCUAUUUCAACUUGUGCAACAAUGGUUAUUUGAAAGGUUUCCAAUUCUUGGACCAAAAUACCCUAAUGAACUGAAAAAGGGUGAGCCUAGAGCUGCAAGGUGGCACAAAUUAAAUUCUGAAUCUGAGCAUGCUAGUUUUGAAUUCAUUUUGUCUAAGUUGGAAUCAGGAGAAAAUUUCGUGUGGCGUCCUUAUGUCCUUGAUUUGAAAAAUUGGUGCUUUGUUUCUCAUUACAAAGAAAGUGAACAAUUUGUUAAUGAUGGUUCAAAUUCUGAUUUAGAAGAGGAGUUGAGAUGUUUUGGAGUGUGUUUGUGUGCUGAUGAGGUUAUUGGUUUGGAUUGUGUUGAGAUGUAUAUGCCAUAUAGGGUAACAAUGCAAUUUGGAAUUGAUCAAGAUGUUCCUCCUAAUGAGUUCAUUGUUAUGAGUCCAUGUUACAAUGAAAAUUUUAGCUUUUAUGUUCCUUCAAAAUAUUACAAGCCUUGUGUGUCAUUGGAAUAUCACAAUUGGUGGAAGAAAUCAAAGGUCAUUGAAGGAAAAAAUGUGGAUGGUUUAGAUUUGGUAGAUGAUGUAGUGAUGAUUGCAAAGCAAUAUUGUGAAGAUGAAAAUCAUGCAUCAAUUGCUUCUAUUGAAAAUGGUUCAAAGAGAAAAUCAUCAAGCAAUAAUGAAAGUAAGGAUAAUGAAGGUGAGAGUGGAACCAAGAGAAGGGUUUUGAAGAAAAAUGAAUCAUCAUCCAUUUGUGGAUUCAACAAUGAUAUUGGUGUUGGAGAUUGUGAAGUAUUGUUCAUGAGUGGAAAAGGGAAAAAACAACUUGGUGUAGGAAGUUAUGAUAACCCUUUGGAUGUUGAAGAUUAUGGAUGCACCAUUUUGGGGACUUCUUCAUCUCACCCUAUAAGUAUUUGA